CAGCGUUGUUCGUGGAACAGGUCUGAUCAUAACCAUGAGCGGAAGAGGCAAGACCGGCGGAAAGGCUAGGGCCAAGGCCAAGACUCGUUCCUCCAGAGCUGGGCUGCAGUUCCCUGUGGGCCGUGUGCACAGGCUCCUGCGUAAAGGCAACUACGCCGAGCGCGUCGGUGCCGGCGCUCCGGUCUACCUGGCCGCCGUGCUGGAGUAUCUGACUGCUGAGAUCCUGGAGUUGGCCGGCAACGCCGCCCGUGACAACAAGAAGACCCGUAUCAUCCCCCGCCACCUGCAGCUCGCCGUGCGUAACGAUGAGGAGCUGAACAAACUGCUCGGCGGGGUGACCAUCGCUCAGGGUGGUGUGCUGCCUAACAUUCAGGCCGUGCUUCUGCCCAAGAAGACCGAGAAGACCGUCAAGACCAAGUAAACGCGCCCACUGCUGCGUCUGAUCAUAACCAUGAGCGGAAGAGGCAAGACCGGCGGAAAGGCUAGGGCCAAGGCCAAGACUCGUUCCUCCAGAGCUGGGCUGCAGUUCCCUGUGGGCCGUGUGCACAGGCUCCUGCGUAAAGGCAACUACGCCGAGCGCGUCGGUGCCGGCGCUCCGGUCUACCUGGCCGCCGUGCUGGAGUAUCUGACUGCUGAGAUCCUGGAGUUGGCCGGCAACGCCGCCCGUGACAACAAGAAGACCCGUAUCAUCCCCCGCCACCUGCAGCUCGCCGUGCGUAACGAUGAGGAGCUGAACAAACUGCUCGGCGGGGUGACCAUCGCUCAGGGUGGUGUGCUGCCUAACAUUCAGGCCGUGCUUCUGCCCAAGAAGACCGAGAAGACCGUCAAGACCAAGUAAACGCGCCCACUGCUGCGUUUGCCAGUACCCAAAGGCUCUUUUAAG